AUGGAAUACACCGCACCUAAUGAAGGCAGUGAAACAGCUUUUAAAUAUUCCUUGCAAUACAAUGUUUCAUUAAACUCAAGGAAUUUGACACCUCUGACUGAAAUUGUAGCUGAUUGUAACAAAAACGGACCCGUCCUUGUGCGUGUAUACAUGCAGGUCCUUGUCCUUGCACUUGCCCUCCCAGCAAACACAGUCCUGCUCUGGCUGAUGGUAAAGAAAAGAAAGACUCUGUCACCCUCUGAGGUUUUAGGUCUCAACUUUGCCGUACUCGGUGUGCUGUUCUGCCUCAGCCUGCCACUGGAUAUCUACAUUACAAUCACUAAGGACCGUGUAGGACUACUUCAGAGCAUUUCAAAUGCCUUUGCCAUCCUCAGUUACUUCGGCUGCCCACUCCUGCUGACCAGUUUGUGCUUAGAGCGUUAUGUGGCUGUGGCACACCCUGUGCUCUUCAUGAAGCUGGGGAAGUGGGAGUAUCGUGCUGCAUGUUCUGCCAUCAUCUGGUUUCUCACCUGUGUCGUGGCAGCAGCUGCCUUUUUCUACACUGUCUCUAGAAUGGCCGUGGUGUUAUCCCUCAUUAUUAAUGUGCUGUUUUUAGCCAUGCUGGCCUGUUUGUUGGGCAUUAUUUGGGUACUGUGUAAAAAGGGCCCAGGUGAAGGGGACCAAAAUAAUUCAGUUGUAAAAAGGCAUGCUCUAAAGAAUGUUCUAACAGUAUUGUUGCCCUCAGCGAUAACCUAUUUUCCACUGCUGGGUUUAGCCCCUUUUCUGCUGAUAAUCCCAAGGCUCGUACAGAAAAGCACAAAUACCCUUAUCUGUAUCUUUCUGAUGAUGGCUGCUGUUGUCCCUAAUUUUGGAGUCUGCAUUGGGUCCAUCUUCUACAUGGCCCGGCUGAAGCAAAUGUUCUGUCACAGGAAGAAUAAAUCGGGAGACACAGCACAGACCACGACAGUCCAGAGAACCUAA